CAUGUACUUAAAUUUACCCCAUGAAAAAGUUUAUAAAGUUUUGUAUAGAAAGUUUCAGGUAUGUCGGCGUAUAUUGCAACCUAUCCGGAGAUCCGUAUUUUCCACCAUACCGGUUCUACAGUUCGUGUGUAAAAGCCAUUUCCAGUAAGCAUCCAAUAAAAUAACGAUAAAUACAUUGGAUCGAGAUCAAGGAGGUUCAGAAGAUGCCCAGCUUUGUCUCUGUAUUAAUAUUUCUCCAAAUUUUAGGAAAUUGUAAAUGUUCAGACCCGGAGUAUUGUGAACAAUCACAAUUAACAGUGAAGGAAGUUUUCUCUUGCCCUGAUAGCUUAGAAAAAUGGACACAGAGAGCAGAGAUCAAAAAGUGUGAGGAAAUUAAAAGUAACUGUUAUAGGAAACUGGAAUACCACUGUGUUACCAACGAAUGGCAAAAUAGGACUCUGGAGGUAUGCGCACCAAAGGCGAAAAUUCCUGCAGGAUAUUGUCCAGAAUAUAACACGUUAGGUGGAAAAGUGCAAGAGUUUUAUACAUCAACAUGCAAGGCAUGCAAAACUGAUUACUUUUCGACUGUUGCCUAUAAUUUUUCAGAAUGCUUUAAGAAUACACGAUCCUACAGUUCUCAAAGUGAGAUUACGAACACUGGAAGUAUACAGGAGCGUGCAAAGAUAAUGGAGGCCUUACCCAUACAGAUUAUUCUUACCUUAUUAUAUUCAAAUAUCUUUGAAUUCUUUAUUUUCUGAUG